ACGGCCAUUGAGAAGCCGUGCGUGACGCACCCAACCCAGCCCAAACCUCGGCUGCUGAGAUACCGGUUUGAUUUGCUCGUGAAUUUGAAUGACCUGCGACAUCACCUCUGGGCCUGCUGUCUUUCCUUCCCACCCUCUCCCUCCCUCCGUUCACAUUCCGAACGAACAACCACAACUACGACGACGACUUUCGCAAUGCCGGGAUCAAGCCGAGUCCCCGUGUCGCUGAGCAACCUCUCAUCGUACACCAAGGCCGCCGCGCGCCGCAAUCCCAACGCCGUCUUCAACUUCGACCUCCUCCGCAACAUAAUCUUCGCGCUCUUUGUCCUGCGACACUUCCGCAAGGCGAUCCGACAGCUGCGCGGCCGCGGUAUCCUGGGCACCCUAGCGAGCUUCUACCGCUACCUGCAACGCGUCGCGUACGGAGUGUUCCUCGGGCUGCCGUGGAUACGCUCAAAGGUGCAGGGCCAGAUCGACGAGGCGCUCAAGAAGCUUGAGGACCGGCUGGUCCCUAAGGGUCCCGGCGUCACGAGAUAUACCACCUUGCCAAAGGACGGACUUGACAAUGAUAAGAUCAAGGAGAUCUUGAAGGAAUUGAGCGAGCUUCACCAUGCCGAGUGGGAGAAGGGCCAGGUCUCCGGCGCGGUGUAUCACGGAGGAAAGGAAAUGCUGGAUCUCCAGAGCGAGGCGUACAGAAUGUUUGCCGUCAGCAAUCCGCUGCACCCGGAUGUAUUCCCCGGUGUCAGGAAGAUGGAGGCCGAGGUUGUCGCUAUGGUUCUCGCCAUGUAUAAUGCUCCCCUCGGUGCGGCGGGAAUCACCACCAGUGGAGGAACCGAGAGUAUCUUGAUGGCUUGUUUGGCCGCCAGAGCGAAGGCGUACGAAGAGCGGGGAGUUACAGAGCCGGAGAUGGUCGUUCCUACCACUGUCCACGCUGCGUUCGACAAAGCAGGCCACUAUUUUAACAUCAAAGUGCACCACGUAGACGUGGACCCCGUAACGUUGAAAGUAAACCUCAAAGCCGUCAACCGUCUCGUGAACUACAACACCAUCCUGAUCGUGGGAUCAGCCCCCAACUUCCCGCACGGAAUCAUCGACGAUAUUACUGGAUUGAGUAAGAUUGCGCUCAGGAAGAGGGUCCCGCUCCAUGUCGAUGCGUGUCUCGGCUCCUUCCUUGUCCCCUUCCUCGAGAAGGCGGGCUAUGAAACCGAGCCGUUCGACUUCAGAAUCAAGGGUGUCACCUCGAUUUCUUGCGAUACUCAUAAAUACGGCUUCGCACCAAAGGGCAAUUCGGUCCUACUGUUCCGCACCAGGAAGCUCCGCCAAUACGGCUACUUCAUCACCGCCACCUGGCCAGGCGGUGUGUACGCCUCACCCACCCUGGCAGGCUCGCGCGCCGGCUCGCUCAUCGCAGGUACCUGGACCGCACUCAUGAAGAUCGGUGAAGGCGGCUACAUCAGCUCCUGCCGCUCGAUCGUGGGUGCCGCGAAGGCGAUUGAGACUGGUAUUCGCGAGAAGCUCCACCCCGACCUCUACAUCAUGGGCGAGCCUCUCGUAAGUGUUGUCUCGUUCUCGAGUAAGACGCUGAACAUUUACGAGCUCGCCGAUGAGAUGAACUCCCUCGGCUGGCACUUGAAUGCCCUUCAGAGCCCGCCCGCGCUGCAUAUCGCCUGCACCAGGCCGACUGUAGAGGCGGUGGAUAAGUUCUUGACGGAUCUCGAGGCCGCGGUGCAGACCGUUAAGCAGAAGGGAAGCGAUGCCGCCCCGGGCAAUACCGCGGCACUGUAUGGAGUGGCCGGAAGCCUGCCGAAUAAGAGCGUUAUCAAGAAGAUGGCCACGGGGUUCAUCGACACACUUUACAAAGCGUAGUAGUUUGUAGCAUGUCAUUCAUUCAUUUGUCUUCUUCAUUUGCGUGCCUGUUUGUUUACGUAUGCAUUGCAUUUCUGGUUCACAUACACGAUUGGAACAUACAUAUCACAUCGCAUCAUGAUGUAUACCUGUAGCUACUACUACUGCCACUACUACUCUGCACGCUUACUCUGUCGCUCUGUCUGUCUGCCU